ACCAAGUCGUCGUCCACCGCGCUCGCUCCAGACAAGCCACGCGAUCAAAUCCCCGUGCCAGUUCCCUCGUAACCAUGAGCCAUGGCGAGACUCAACGAACCACCAAUGCCGGUCGAGAGUCAUCUCGAGAUUCUGCGUAGGAAGUUUCUGCGCCAAAACCGAGACAUUGCGAAAAUCAAUGCGGACCAGUCGCAGAAGAUCAAACGACUCGAGAACGACCUUGCCCGUUUGCUGUCGGAGAACCUAGACCUCCGCGGCCAGAUUCUGCGACUCGAAAAACAACUGGAGGACAGCCACGCGAGAAGGAUAGCCGACCAUGCGCUCGAGGUCAAGGCGAAGUUGGAGCUGCAGCUUUCCGAAUUUUCCGCGCUGCUUGGAAGCUUAGGGGCAGAGCCGCCUUCAAAAAAACGCCUGUCGGAGGAGCGCAUGCUCGCGAAGUCCCGGCAAAGCGUGGCAAGAAGCCCGCCAGCAAGGAGACGACGUACCAUAAUGGAUGCAGAAGCUCUCGCUGAGCAGGAAGGGAGGUUACCUCCGAUAUACGAGAACAAGACAUAUCCGCGGGCCACAAUGAACAGUGACGAGAUUCUGGCACUGUGCGCCGCGGCCGAGGAUAUCAGCGACUCGCCUGAUUUGGGGCCGCCGCCCGUGUCACGGUAUGUUGAGGAAGACUCGGUGAAGCAAUCGCCCUCGAGAGUAGUCGGGAUAGAACUGCCCAGAAGCCCAACACCCCCAACAAUCUCGUCGCCUGUCAAACUCGACCAUUGCACGAAACAGUUUGGGUGCCCUGACCGCAAUGAUCAGCUGAACGAGAUUGUAAUUGAGCACGACAAUCCCAGUAUAGAAUCCGCAGAAAAGAAUCCCACGCCAACACCAGCUGCCCAACCGGUAAAGGCAGGCACAAAACGGAAAUAUGGCGAUGAGAAUGGGAUUGUUCACAGCACCAAGACACCGGCAGGGAAAGGGGAUGCUGUGGUCAUCGAGAAGGCAUUUCCUACGCGCAGCGGCCAGAAGAGGAAGAGCCUUGCCGAGCUGGCUGGUGUUGCGCCUAACAAGGCACAGACAAAGCCGCUACUUGCCACGAAGAGGACGCCGCUUGCUGCGAAGAGCACCAACGAGGAUGUGUCCUCUCCUCGCAAAGUGAUGAAGGCCGCACCGCUCAAGGCAGUCAAGAAUGCACCCCAGCGCGUUAUCGAGUCCGUUCCAAGAGAAGGACCCAUUGCCCUGGCUCCGACCGUCGAGCCUCCGGCAGUUCAGCACGUUGAGCUCGAGUCUGAUACCGCUGUGCCGUCAGUCAUGCCGAGCUCUCCAACCACGCCGGAUCGGCCAGCACAAAAAGAGAUGCUUCAUGACACUCCGCCACCAGCAGACAUAUCCUCCACUGGCGAGACUUCACGGCCUAGCCGUCGCGCGCGGCCCGCGAUCAGCUACGCUGAGCCUAACCUCCGAGACAAGAUGCGGCGGCCGACCAAAGAGCUGUUUGAUGCUGUUUCUGGAGAAGGCAAGUUUGCCCAACGUGCGGCGGCGACUACAAAGUCAGAGGCCCAUCACUCAGGGUCAGCUUCAAGCAGAAAACCUAUCUCAGAACCGGGAAGCUCAAACAGGAGCCGCAGCAAAACACCCGCCCUGGAUGGUCCGACGCCCAAGGCUCAACAACAAGCCCUCGCGAGCCCGUUGGCGCAAAAAGAAGUGUUUCCCGAACCUUUCCCAAGCUCAGGAGUCACAGAGAGGCGGAAACGGCCGUCGGCGGUGGCCAGCAGCAGAGAGUCUAUUAUUGCUUUGGAGAGGUCAGACAGCGCAGGCAGGGAACCGAGUCCAGUACUCACCGCCCAAGCUCAAGCAACCGCACAACAAAAUAACGAUCGGCGCAAGACCAGCCCAACAGGAAAGACCGACAAUCGUUUCGCAUUGACCUCUCCACCCCAGGAAGCAGACAUCUACGCCUUCACCGCUUCCUCUCCCUCUCCCUUUUCCUCGAAACACGCAACUACCCUACAUACAAGCAGCGAACCGACAAAUCCCACCACCAUCUUAAACCCCACCAGCACCACCAUCGCAUCCAACAACAACACCAAUAAUAACAACACGCAGACGUUCUCAAGACUGAAUAGCAGACCAGCCCGCAAAUCCUCCAUGGCCGCCGCCGCCGCCCUCCGCGAGCUCCUCGACGAAGAGGAGCUGCACGCUGCCAAGACGAUCAACAACAACAACCAUACCAAGCCUUCUUCACGACCUGCGCACGCGGGAAGAAAGAGGGCAUCGAUGUUAGCGCCCAAGAAGAGUUCCAUGCUGGAUGAUGGUGAUGGAUCGGAGGAGGUGGCAGCAGCGGCGGCCACGGUGUAUGCGGAUGAGAAUGAGGAAGCGGAUACUAGUGCUGCGUCUGCGUCCUCGUCUGCUGACGGGAAGGGUGGUGGUGGUGGUGGUGGGUUGAGUGGGAAGGAUGCGAGGAUUACGAGGCGCAGGAGUAUGAUGCUGUGAUUGUUUUCUUUUGUCGUUAUUUCGGUCGUUUGGUUUGUUUUCCUGGGUUGUUUCUUCUUGGGUUGACGAUGAUGAUGUUACGAUGCGUCGCUCUCUGCACAGCGUUUGGCGUUUCCCUUGGAUGCUGGUUUGGGUAUAUGGUUCGGGUCGGGCUGGAUAAGGCGAGCUUGCUUGUUGGUUUGCUUCGAUGCCGCCAGACGAUAUAGGGGUGGUGAAGCGGCUGCAGGGAAUGCAUAUUGUUUCUGGCUAACGUUCGCUAUGGUCCUGACUGAGCGUGGAGGUUGAUGGUACGAUACUACCUUGUU